AUGUUGUCUUCCAAACUUCAUCUCUACGAGGAAAUUGGCAAGCUUCAUGAGACAUAUGGGGACUAUGUUCGAACAGGUCCUACCGAAAUCUCAAUCACAGACCCAGCAGCAGUCCAGAUUAUUUAUGGUAAUCAGUCCAAGGCUACGAAAGGCCCUUGGUAUACAUUGCUCGACCCGCGAGUUUGCCUAUCCUUCACCAGAGACAAGCAAGAACAUGCGCGGCGUCGGAAAGUUUGGGAUCAGGGAUUUAGCACCAAGGCAAUCCGCGCCUAUGAGCCAGUCGUUGCAGCAUAUGCCCAGCAACUUGUGGAAGUUGUGGAGCGAGACCUUGACAGUCCAAUUGAUAUGACACGUUGGUUCAGCUACUAUGCCUUCGAUGUGAUGGCAAGACUUGCCUUUGGAAAAUCAUUCAAUAUGAUUGCCGAAGGUAAAGAGGCCUACUUCCUGAAGACAAUCCGGACUGAUAUGAAAGAUAUUGGCCAUCUCAAACAUAUGCCAUGGAUAUUCCCUAUCAUCAUGAAAAUUCCGCUUCUGAACGCAAACAAUUUGAGGUUUUGGAAGUGGAUUGAAAACCAGUUCAUGGAACGGAGUGCUAAAGAACCAGAGCAGCGAGAUAUAUUUUCUUGGAUUCUUGAUGAGUAUAAGAAGGGGCCCCAGUUACCCCAAGAUACGCUUAACCUCCACGGGGAUGGCUAUCUCAUUAUUGUGGCGGGAAGUGACACAACUUCUACAUCUCUAUCACAUCUUUGGUUCCAUCUUGCUAGUCACAAGCCUCUAGUUCAAAGACUUCAGAAGGAGCUUGAUUCUCUUAAGGAGCUGAAUGAUGACGCGCUCUCCAAGAUCGAUCUUCUUGAUGCCGCAAUCCACGAGACCCUGAGAUUACACCCGGCAGUUCCUUCUGGUCUUCAGAGACUCACUCCACCAGAGGGUCUGACAAUUGGCAAGACAUAUGUUCCCGGAAACACCAUUGUCCAAGUACCUUUAUAUACGAUGUUCAGAGACCCACGAGCGUUCGAACGUCCGAAUGAGUUCAUUGCCGAACGCUGGACUACCAAUCCUGAACUUGUCAAGGAUAGAUCCGUGUUUAUUCCAUUCAAUAUAGGAUCGUGGGCCUGUGUUGGUAAACGGCUUGCACUCAUGGAGCUUCGACGAGUGACUGCAGAGCUCCUUCUUCGGUACAAUAUUUCCCUUGAUCCAGGAAAAGGCAACGAGUCCUUUUUGAAGGACGGGAAAGACACGUUUACCCUUACUGCUGCACCGCUACACUUGAACUUCACCAAGAGACACAUCACCACCGGUGUUCUUGGAAUUAUAGGAUUCGCUUUAUCCAGCAUCAAUAAUCUUCGUUGCAUUAUUGAUGGACUUGAGGAAGCGAACGAUGUGAUCCAAGAUGUCAAAUCCAACUUGAAAGACAUCCAGCUUCCGCUUUCCGCUCUCGAGAAUCUUCGGAUUUCCGAUAGCACAACUUUUGACGAAGCGAGAAGAGAUUUAGAGAAGACUGGUGUUGCCGAAGCCGUUAAUAACUGCGGUCAAGCAUGCGCUGCGUUUACAAAACAGCUUGAGAAUUGGACGAAGCAUUCCACUACUACAAAGCUUUCCCUCAGGGAUCGACUAUCAGUCGGCCUGUGGAAGAAGGAAAAGAUUCAGACAUUCCGGACGCAGGUCUCUUCUUGUCAGGCUAUCGUUCAGUUUGCCAUAGAAAGCGCCCAAUUGGUUAUUCUGGUCCGAUCCGAAGGUGCAUCCCAAACUGCACGGCAAGAGACAGAGAAGCAGCUGAAAGCUCUCGAGGCUGCUAUCCAGGAGCAUAUCGAACUCACAAAGAGAAAACAAGACGAAACGUUGCACCGCAAGAAGGAACUCGAAAGUCCUGGGGCCGAAGAUGAGGAUGAAGACGGCGGUGCUCAACGAACUCUGGCCAUCCAAGAGACCGAACAGCAAUCACGCGUACUCGAAACCGACCAAACAGCCUCUAAGACUGUGACUGAGAUAGUUUCAAAGUUGUCUGUACAGCAGGCCGCCAGCACAUACAACACUCAUUUUUCAGGUAGCCACAAUACGGGCAUACAGAUCGGUCACAGCAUAGGUACGAUCAAUUGGAAUGGUAGUCGCGCCUAA